AUGCUAAACGCAUACGUAUGUCGACAGUGCCGGACACGCCUUGCCCGACGAAUUGCCCCCGUCCGAAGCCCUCAAUGGCAACCUAGGGCUACGAUCGUUUCGCUGGCCGGCCGAAAGCCACACGAUGCCGCCGAACCACCAAACGAAGAAGCAUCUGCGCAAAAUAGAGAUGAGGAAGACGGCACACAGGAAACGAACCGCAACGGGCCAAAUAUACGAUUUACGAGCGCACGCGACGGGCAACCACCCCACAGCCAACAACCACUUGGCCGAUACUCCAGACUCAUCUACAACGAAACGAAUCAGGGCUCAACGUAUGGUGGUGGUGAAGAGGAACCUGCAUACGUCGAUGCAGUACAGAACGGCUCGUCGGGAAUGGGCAAAGCUUUUGCUGAUCCAGUGCUCGACGCUCUCCGCUACGGCAAGAUCAAUGGAGCCUGGAAAGCGUUUGAGCGCAUCUAUACUUCACGCGACUGCAAAGCCUUGACGGAGCCAACAGAUCGCGAUGCGCAGCUACUAAGUGAAGACCGGGUAUUUGCGAAACUCCUCAGAGCUGUCUCGAGAAGCGGUACAGUAGAGUCUGUCAGCACUGAAUGGCACUUACCACCUGUCGACACAAUUCCGGAUAUGCUUGAUCAGAGACAGUUUAACAUGCGCUUGCAAGGCUACAUUCCCAACUAUGUCGCUAGUCCUGCCUUGGCUUUUUGUGCUGUUUAUUUUUACAGUAUUUCGGACGCACUGGAUCCAAAGACACAAAAGGAAGCCGCUCCCUUUCUAGCCUUCCUUAGACAACUACUUGCCGGUUCGUUUGUAAACUCGGUAUUGAAACACACAGAAACCCCGGACUUUAAGAACCUACCAGAAGAUCUCCAGGUCACGAUUAUGGAGGAGAUCAAUGACGCUCCACGAAAAGCCCUAGUAGCUCUUGGAAAAGCCGGCGAGACCCUUGGUCCAGAUAAUACAGGCGACGAAUUCUCCAACUUGGAAUCAUUCUACAUGACCAGGAUAGCGCGUGCUGUGUCAAGCAAAAGCUCGGCAGCCACGCUGGACAGCAUGUGGCGAGAGACCGAGAAAACAUACGCCACGCAAGACAAGACUAUACCCCCCGCUAUAUACAACGCCUUUCUUUCUGGGUACAUGACUGUUCUCAGCCCACAGCGCUCCGUCGAGGUCUGGAACCACAUGAUCGCCCACAAGGUUGAGCCAAAUAUGCACUCCUGGGUUGCACUUUUGGAAGGGUGCGCAAAGGCGAGGGAUCUUGAUGGCCUCAACGCAAUGUGGCAGCGCAUGCUGAGAACUGGUCUAGAGCCAAGCAACUAUGCUUGGACGGCCCGUAUCAACGGCUUGAUGUCCCUGAAACAGGUCAACGAAGCCUUUGUCGCUCUGGACGAUAUGGGCAAACGCUGGGUUGCAGCCGAGCACGCUCUCGCCAACUCUCAGAAGCAGACCAAAGGACAAAAGGGGCCCAAAAAGGUCCAAUCUUCCAGCAAAGCAGUGAACCCAUGCACAAAGCCUUCUAUCGAGGUCAUCAACGGCGCCAUAUCCGCCAUUGUACAAAACCGCAGCGAAAAGAUGUACCACCAGAAGAAAGUAGAGUUAGUACAGAAACUACUCACCUGGUCGAGGAACUUCCAAAUCAAGCCCGACGCCAUCACAUACAACUCUCUCGUACAGCUCUACCUUCGAGCAAAUGACAGGAGCACCGCCUUCAAGAUCCUCGCACAGAUGGAAAAAGACGGACUGGAAGGCGACGCAGCCACACACACGAUGCUCAUCAGCGCCGCCUUCGACAACCAAGUCUUCGACAACCUAACCCCAACCCAACAAACCGAACGCAUACUAAAAAUCCUAAACGACCUCGAAGCCAACGGCCUCAAAAUGAACGACUACAUCUACGCCACAGCCAUCGACCGUCUCCUGAAGAAAUACUCAAAUUUCCACGCCAUGCGCGCCGUCAUGGAGCACAUGACGUCGCGGAAGUUUGUCCCCAGUGUACAUGUCUACACGUCGCUUAUAACACACUACUUCCAAUCCGACCCGCCCAACAUCGCCGGCGUCGACGACAUCGUCCUCCGCCUCUUCAGCGCUCCGCGCAUGCCCAGUGACCGCGUCCUCUUCGACCGUCUACUCGAGGGCUAUGCGUCCUUUGGCGAGGUGGGCAAGAUGAUGAGCGUGCUCACGCGCAUGAGCAAAAAACAGAAUCUGCCUGGUUGGGGCGCCAUGGCCGCUGUUGUGCGUGCGUUGGCGCAAGAUGGCGAUUACGAGCGUGCGCGCGCGAUUGUGAGGGAUGUGGCGCGUGGUGAGGGUGUGGCGCGAGGGGGUAUCAUGGGGGAUCGGAAGGGAGAGGCGUUUUUCGUAAGGACGAUUCGCGAGUUGGGGUUGGCGGGGGUGAUGGAUGGAGGGGAGUAUAUGGGGGGUGAGGGGAGGGGUGUGGGGGAUUUUGAGGGGGGUAUGAUGGGCCAGCAGGAGUACCAGCAGUCGACUGCGCAGUUUGAACAGGUUGGGAGCGCGCAGCAUGGUCAGCAGCAGUAUCAGCAGCCGCCGGUCAUGGAGUAUAGUCACGAUGGCACGACCACUGGACUUGAGCGCGAGCCUGGGAGCGUGGAUGAGGAGGAUGUUCAUGACUUCCUUAAGGACGAGCCUGAGCAGGGUGAGAAGAGGAUGUAG